AUGGCGAGCCUCGCCGCACUCAAGGUCCCCAGGGUGCACGUCUGGUACCUCCACAGCCCAGACCGAACCGUCCCGUUUGAAGAAACGCUGCGCGAGGUCAACAAGCUGUACGAGGAAGGCUACUUCGCGAAGCUCGGGAUCAGCAACGACCAAUCCUGGGAAGUCGCGACGCUGUGCGAGAUCUGCCACCGCAACGGCUGGGUCAAGCCGUCCGUGUGCCAGGGGAUCUACAACGCGUUCCAUCGCGCCGUGGAGCCCGAGCUCCUUCGGUGCCUGCGCCAUCACGGGAUCGCGUUCUACUGCUUCAACCCGCUCGCAGCGGGUAUGUUGACGGGUCGGUGUUCGCGCGGGGAACCGGACGCCGUUGAGGCUGGGACUCGCUUUCGACCCGGCGUCUCGGUCGGGGGCUCAUAUCCGGAAGCGCUGCUCCGCCCGCUUGCGAAGAGGCACGGGGUCAGUGAGGUUGAGUGUGCGCUGAGGUGGCUGUCGCAUCACUCCGAGUUGAAGGAGGAGCUUGGAGACGGCGUGGUUCUUGGAUCAAGUAGCGUCAAGCAGCUCGAUGAGAAUCUGCGGGCGAUGGCUGGCGGGCCGCUUCCGGAUGAGAUUGUUGAUGUGUUGGAUAGAGCGUGGGAGAUUAUUCAGGGCAAGCAGCUUAUUUAUUGGCAUUAA